GUCCCAAGAUGUCCAAUAUUAUAGGUCAACCUAUAACUCAUGAUACGUUAUUAAAAACUGUCAAUACAUAUCCUUUAAUUGACAAUCAUGCUCAUAAUCUUUUGGACUCAUUAACAUCGUUAUCAUGCCCAUUAGAAAUCUGUUUUUCUGAAGCAAAUGGUGAAGCAUUACAAAAUGCAAUUGAAACCUGUGCAUUAAAACGUGGUGUACAACAACUUGCUAAACUUUAUAAUUGUGAAGCAACGUUAGAAGCUAUUAAGAAUGUUACCGAUAUUAAAUCUUAUGAUGAAUUGUGUAAUAUAUGUUUUGAACCCACCGGAAUUCAAUGUCUUCUAUUGGAUGAUGGUCUUGAUUCGUUAGAUGGACUUCGUAGUGUGGAAAGUCAUGUAGGAUUGGUUAAAUGUGCAAAACGAAUUGUUAGAAUUGAACAAAUUGCUGAGCAAGUUAUUGGCGAUUUAGCCAAAACCUUUAAAACUUCGGAACCUGAAUUUGUAGUGGAAUUAAAAUCUUUUCGAGAUCCUCUUAUUGAAAAAUUCGAAUCAUUAGCAAAUUCUGAUCUUGUGGUUUCUUUUAAAAGUAUCGCAGCUUAUAGAACUGGAUUAAAUAUUAAUUGUAACGUUAAUGAUGAAACUGUCGCAUUUUCUUUAGCUAACUUUGUUUUAAAAUGUGUAAAAUCUGAGAAACAAGAAGUUAGACUUGUUGAUAAAAUUCUUAUUGAUUAUAUUUUAAAGUUAGCUAUUGAGAUUGCUGUUAAGUAUGAUAUCCCUAUUCAAUUCCACACAGGAUUUGGUGAUAAUGAUCUUGAUCUUCUUGCAUCAAAUCCUCUUUAUCUUCGAGAAUUAAUUGAAACAUAUCCAACUGCAAAGAUUGUUUUGUUACAUUCUGCGUAUCCUUAUACGCGUCAAGCGGGAUACCUUGCUUCUGUAUAUUCUAAUGUUUAUGUUGAUUUUGGUCUUGUAUUUCCCUUAAUUUCUGCAACGGGACAACAAGCAAACUUAAAAGAAUUGUUUGAAAUUUGUCCGAGUAACAAAAUUUUGUUUAGUACAGAUGGACAUUAUCUUCCGGAAUCAUUUUAUGUUGCGGUAAUUCAAGUUAGAGAAACUUUGGGCAAAGUUUUACUCGAAUCCGUAGAAAAUAAGGAUUUUACUAUAGAAGAAGCGGUAAAAAUAGCCAAACAAGUUAUGUUUGAUAAUUCUAAUAAACUAUAUAAAUUAAACUUAGUACCAGAAAUCAUUACAAAUCAAGAGCAUGCCACUGAAACAUUCACUGGAGUUUCAAAAUUUGCACUUAAAAAACUUAAAUAUAAUGGAGUAAAAUAUGUACGGUUAGGAUGGUUAGACGUUACAAAUCUUCUUCGAUUCCGAGUAAUUCCAAUUGAUCGAUUCAUUGAAUACACAGCUUCCCGUGGAGUAACAAUUGCAAGAUGUUUAAAUGCACUUCCUGUUUAUGCAGAUGUUGUAUUAAAAGGAUUUAGUCCUGCAGGAGAAAUUUUAUUAAAACCUGAUUUAAAUACUAUUGUACAAUUACCUUAUCAUCCUACACAUGCUUUUGUUCAUUCAUUAUGGGAAAAUAAAUGGACUCCAAGUGAUGCAGAAUAUGAUUCAACAUCGAGUGAACCUUCAUGUUUUACGUCAUGUCCAAGAGUAUGCUUGAAAAAUAUAAUUGAACUUGCAAGAAAAGAAUUUGGAAUUUAUUUUUUAGCUGGGAUUGAAUCAGAAUUUGUAUUAUUAAAAAAUCAUAAUAUUCAUAAACCUUAUCAACCUGAUGCCGUUGAUAAUACGUUAUACUCUUCUUCAGCGGCUUUUCAAAAUCGUUCUACAUUAUCAACUAUUGAUGAGAUGGUCGAAGCUUUACAAAAUCAAAAUAUUGAAGUGGAACAAUUUCAUUCAGAGUCGAGUCCGGGUCAGUUUGAAAUUAUCACCGGGCCUGAUAAUCCUUUAACUGCCGCUGAUAAAGUUGUCGUAACACGACAAACCAUUUACGAUGUUGCAGCUAAGAAUUGUCUUAAAGCUACUUUUAUACCAAAACCUUUCGAUGAAACAGCUGGAACAGCUGCACAUAUUCACAUCUCUGUUAAUGAACUUGAUCAAAGCAAAAAGAUUUAUGAUAAUCAUCAUUCAAAAUUAUCUCGUAAAGAAAGAUCAUUUAUUGCAGGUGUAUUACAACAUUUGAAAGCAAUAGCUGCUUUAACAUUACCAACAAUUAAUUCUUACGAAAGGACCGCUGAUCAUCAUUGGACCGGUAAAUGGAUUUGUUGGGGUGUUGAAAAUAGAGAAACACCUAUUAGAGUAUGUUAUCGUCCUAAGGAAGGAAUUAAGGAAGGAAUGGAUGUUAAUUUUGAAUUUAAAUGUGUUGAUGCUACAGCAAAUCCAUACAUAGCUUUAGCUGCUUUGCUUAGUGCUGGUAUCGACGGUAUUAAAAAAGGAUUGGAAUUAAAUAUGCUUGAUUGUCAAGAUGAUCCCGCAAGUUUAUCUCCUGAAGCUCGUGCUAAACUAGGAAUUACCGAACGACUGCCUGAUACCCUAGAAGAUUCUUUAUCCGAAUUGAAAAAAGAUGAAGGUUUAGCUAAAUCUAUCGGAGAAGAUAUUAUUAAAUGUUUUAUUACUGUUAAAGAGAGCGAAUUAGACUAUUUUAAAUCUGUCUCUAAAGAUAAGUUGUAUCAAAUUCUUAUUGACAGGUAUUAAAUAAUUAAUAGUUAAUUUAUAAAUUAAAAAAAUAAAUUUGAAACUAUUAAUACAUUGGAGAAAGUAAUCUAUAUUUAAUAAAUAAUAUGAACAUUUUGCAUGAAUUUUAUUUAUUAUUCAUAAUUUAUAUCUUCACACGUAUACUGUGUUUGAGGAAUAUUUGAAUAAAUUUCGUAGCGUAAUUCCAUAUUUCCUAUAUUUCUCAUACAAGAUAAUUUUGUUCCUAUAUGUUCCUAUAUAUGUUGAAGUUUCAUAAUGAAUAUCAGAAAUAACUAUUUAAUUAUUUAUUUAACUAUAUAUUAUUCGUUA